CAUACGUCAGCACGUCGCCCGACGUCACCGCCGAGCGCGGGAGCCAUUCAACGUGGUCUUGUUUUGGAACUUUUUCUGCUGUCUUCUUCUCGUAGCACGGGGCGGAAUUCGGACAGGGACGAUGCUGAGCUCCAGCAAGCUGCUGACCCUGGUGCUGGUGGUCCAGCCGGGCAGGGUGCUGCUCGGCAUGAAGAAGAGAGGGUUCGGGGCCGGGAAGUGGAACGGCUUCGGAGGCAAAGUUCAGCCAGGAGAAACUAUUGAGGAUGGUGCGAGGAGAGAACUGCUGGAGGAAAGCGGCCUCACGGUGGACGCUCUGGAGAAGGUCGGAAACAUCACAUUUGAGUUUGUUGGUGAAGCGCAGCUGCUCGACGUCCACGUUUUCAGAGCCGACCAUUACAAUGGAGAACCAACGGAGUCAGAAGAAAUGCGGCCUCAGUGGUUCAAACAGGACCAGAUUCCUUUCAGCCAGAUGUGGGCCGACGACGUCCUGUGGUUCCCGCUGCUGCUCCAGAAGAAGAAAUUCGUUGGAUACUUUAAGUUUCAGGGUCACGAUGUGAUCCUCAGCCAAAGACUGGAAGAGGUGGAGGAACUGUGAGAAGACCUGCGUUUCAGAGGACGUUCCUGAGCAUCGGCCUUCCAACUUGAAUACGUAGCAAUAAAUUCACUCAGAAUUACACUGACAGAAAAUACACCCUGUGAUUUUAUUUUCAGGAUAAUUGAUUCAGCACAAAUUCAACAUUUACAAUAUCUACAGUGAUAAUCAGUGGAUUUCUUGUUCUGUGCAGGUGAGCUGUACAAUUCCAGAAACAAUAGUUUGCACAGUUUCUUCAUAGAAUAAAAGUUGAAUUUCUCGA